AUCCAAGAUGGCUGCGCCCACGGAAUGCCGACCUGCAGCCACAAUAGAUCGAUUUUUACGUCAUGAAUAUCGAUUUCUGUGAGGUAAAUAGCUCGUGCUGGCGUUUAUAUGGCAUUGCAUCUGUGUUUUAUCGUGACUUUGAAAAGUGAGCUCAGUCAUGCUGCCACUGCUAGCUGUCUUACAGGGGAUCAUGAGAAAUGUGAAACGCCAUAAAACAAAGACAGAAACACAGGAAAAUGACAAAAAUAAAGAAGAGAAGAAAAAAGCAGAACGACCCAGUGUACGGCGAAAAGUAAAGCGUCAGAAGCAUGAACCCCACAUUCACUGGGACCGGCUUUGUCUGCUUGUGUUCACUGUCGUUAACGUGCCUCUUCUGGCGUGGAACUGGAAGCAUCUGAAGCAAAAAUACCUGGAGUACAUGGAGCCUGAGUAUGAGUUCAAGACUUUUUCUUUUGACCACCUAUCUGCUUUGGCCCAGCGAGAGAUGAACAUGAAGAAAUAUGCCUACAACUACAGCACCACUCAUAUAGACAAAAGGGCCAAUCUCAGCCGCCAAGAAUUCACUGAUGUUUACGAUGGAGCUUGGCCCGUGAUUAUCACAGAUGUGGUCCCCAAAUGGGGCGCCUAUCACUGGAGUAAACAGUUCCUGCUGAAGUAUUAUGGGAAGGACAGGAUCACGAUGAAGGCUGUCGAUGGUCGUCUAGACAACGCAGAGAGUCUGGCCCUCCCCCUGGAGCUCUACUUCAAACACGCCCAUGAGGGGACGUUCAGGCGGUGGACCUACGUGGAGGAUGAGCUGUUUAUUCCUACGAGACCACAGCUGAGGAGAGAUGUCGGGGACUGUGAGUACCUUAAGGAGGAUUACUUCCAGCUGUUCCCUGAGGAAGUACGUCCCUGGAACGCCAUGUUGCUGUGGGGUACGCCGCACUCGCGCUCUUCUCUUCACAUUGACCCCUACAACUGGACAGGUACCAAUGCAGUCAUUAAGGGGAGGAAACAGUGGAAGUUGAUUCCACCUGGACAGGACCACCUUCUGUAUGUGAAAGAAGGGAAAAUGUCAGGAUUUCCUUUGGAGUGUUACAAAUACAACAGGUAGGAUUUUACUGAGAUU